UACAACGCGCGGAGACACCUCGCCCAUUGGCCCGGCGCGCCGUCUGUCCCGGUCGCGCGCCGCCGCCGCCAUGGUUCGGUUCAAGAACAGGUACGUGCUGUGCGAGGUGGUCUCGGAGGACCCGCGGUGCCGGCAGUGCAUCGAGGACCGCACGCUGGGCCUCGCCGUCAGAGACGCCAUCGCGCGGGUGCACGGGGACUACGGCUUGGCGUGCUGCUCCAUCUCCUUCACCGUGAAGUACCUGAACGCCUACACGGGGACGGUGCUGCUGCGGUGCCGCAAGGACUCGUACGGGCUGCUGUGCUCCGCGCUGCCCUUCGUUCGAUACCUGGAGAGCCGCGCCCAGCGCUACCCCUGCUUCCUCAACACCCUGCACGUCGGAGGUACCAUAAGAACAUGUCAGAAAUUUCUGAUUCAGUAUAACAGAACACAGCUGCUGAGGUUGUUGCAAAACUGUACAACUGAAGAGGAAAGACAAUGUAUACAGAAGUCCUUGUUGAGCUGUUUCCUUACAGAAGAGCAGUCUCAAAGUGGAGAUGAGGAUGAUGGCACAGAGACAGACUGAAUGUCACUUGUUACUGUUCACCUCCAUUCUGUACUUAUUUAAUCAAGUUGUGACUGGUUAUCUUCAGUGUUAAGCAAUGCAGAGGACAGAAAAAGCAUUUGUUCAUAUUUAGACUUCAUUCCCCAUUCCAGAAAUUCUUAAACAAAUUUAAAAAUAAUAAAACAUUAUUUCACUUAA